UCAGGUUAGGUUAGGUCGCCUCGGGUUAGGUUAGGUUGCCUAACCUAACUUAAGAAAAUACUACUGUUGCCAGAGAGUCAUUCUUUAAUUCGAAUCUUUAUAGAUUUAUUUUAAAUAUUAUCGUGCAAUAAAACAUAAAAUGUCGACGCGAUGGUAUCCGCUAUACCAAAAAGGCGGUCCGCAAUUAAGAGUAUUUUUACCAAACUUCUGGAUGAAGCUGAUUAAGCCUACACACAUACAGCCUGCGAAUGUAGUGCAAUUUCAUUGCUCGAUGGAAAUGACUAAGUAUGAUGUAAAGAAUUACCUGGAGAAAAUUUAUGGUGUUGACAUCAUGGAAGUGAGAACGAGAAUAGCAUUGGGCAGGACAAAGAAGGAUCGGCUGCAUGGCGCUGUUAUUAAAGAAGAUGACAGAAAAAUAGCCUAUAUAGUAUUGCCGAAAGACCAAUCCUUUGUGUUUCCCGAUCUGUUCAAAGAUACAAAGAGUCAAGUUGAUGAGAAAACUGUAAACGAAUCUAAAAAGGAUUUCCAAGAUUAUAUAAAAGAUAAUAAAGCACCUGGAUUGCCUGGUUGGUUUAGAAUUUAGUAGAUAUAAUAGAUUUAAGGAUUUAUAAUCAUAAUAAAGUGUAUUUAUUCAUAUUCCUGAAA